CUCAGCUGUUGUCUAUCGCUCAACCCGAUCACGUUUACGUAAAUCAUAUUAAGGGGCGAAGAUGUCUAGGAAUUUGUUUUUAUCAAUUACAAACUUUAUAAGGAACGUGGAACGCAUGUUCCUGCCAUAUGGAGGACACCCGCCAGCCCUGGCAUUGGCCGGCUUUCAGCACGAGCACAGUCAGAAAUCUUCGCAGGAAUUCAGUUUGAAGAACUUAAUUGGCGACGGAAUGUUGUGGGCUGUUCCAAAACACAGGAGAUCCGUGGAAAAACGCUUAAAACGAAAAUUUGGAUAUCCAGAAUACAACUGGAAACCCUUGAGGGAAAAGAGGAACAUCCGUUCCUGUUUGCAAUGUGGUCACGACUACGAAAUGGGUGUCCUUUGUCCUUUCUGCUACCAAAAAGUUUUGAAGGAAACGGAGCUCAUGCAGUCGCAAAUCCAGGACACCUUAGGUCUUGAACCCGUAGAUAAGGAAGUGAUUGUUCUAUAUGAAGGCGAAAAAGCCGAACAAUCCUCAGAUGAUUUAAAAAACAAACGCAUAGUCGAGAUGAAGAAGCCCCGUCCCAUGUGGUUCACAAAAAAUCUGCUCCAGAAGUCCACGCAGCCACUGUCUGAAACCAAGGAAGUCAAACCCUCUGACUUGGCCUAGAUAUUAAGCAUUCAUUGUGCAUUAAACCACUACCUUUGUUAUCAA